AUGUUUUUAACCUGUUGUCCUAAUGUGUAUUCCAUGGUGCUUAAAACCCAGAUAAAUUUCAUCGACAAUGAAAUUCUCUUAUCCCUUAAUCUCUAACCUCCCUUUAAAGCCUUUCUAAAGAAGGACUUCUUACACAUUUACCAAGAUGAUGAACCCAAAUUCUCACUGCCGAUUUCAUUUCCUAAUCUAAUCCAUUGGGUUUACAAUAAAAGCUUGGUGGGAUUCAAAAUUAAUAAUACGACCUACUUAACAGAUUAAGCAUACAAAUUAAAAGAAUUAUUAAAUGGAAGACUAUUCUUUUCGAGAAUCCAAGACUUCUAUACUCCCUUGUAAAUCUUAGGAUAAGGCAGUUCAGCCAAAGUGCUAUUAGUGAAAUCAAAGUUAGGAGAUCAGUAUUUUGCAGCUAAAUGCGUAGAAAAGAAUGAGUUGAUGUAUUAAGAAAUCGAGAUCAAUAACUAAUUAGACCAUCCCGCCUUUGUCAAAAUAAAAGAGGUAUUUUAAGGUGAAACAAGUUAUUAUAUUGUUAUGGAUCUGUUAUCAGGAAAGAAUUUAUAAUAAUUAAUAAAGAAUUAACAUGGAGGCUUAACUUUGGAAUAAUCCUCAAAGAUUAUGCAUGCUUUAUUAAGUGGAAUUGAAUAUAUGCAUUCAAAAAGCAUUAUCCAUAGAGACAUCAAGCCUGAGAAUAUUGUGUUGCAAAAGACCAACAACCUUACAACACUCAAACUAGUUGAUUUCGGUCUAGCUACCUAUUGUAAUUUAAAAAAAUUUAAAUAUCCGAAAUGUGGAACUCCUGGCUAUGUUGCACCGGAAAUAGCUAAUUUAACUGAUAAGGAUACAACUUAUGGUCCUGCAUGUGAUAUCUUUAGUGCAGGAUCCGUCUUUUUUAAGUUAUUGACAGGUAGAGACUUAUUUCCAGGGACUGGAUUCAACUUUGUUUUACAAUUAAAUAAAAAGUGUCACAUUGACUUUUCACCGUUGACAUUAAAGAAAAUACCACUCAAUUCUAUAUUGAGGGAACUUGUAUAAAAAAUGCUUUCUAAAGAUCCUAAAUUGAGACCAACUGCAUAAGAGUGUUUGAACCAUGAUUUUUUCACUUUGACAGAGAAACCUUCAAAUGCUCAUAAAAAGAUGUUUUUUGCCUAAACCAGAUCUGCAACUUUAACAGUGGAUUUUUCAUCUCCUGAAGAAAAGCCAGAUUAUAAAGGGUCUUUUGUAACCAAUGAUAUUGUGCCCUAAUUGCCUUAAAUGCCAAAAAUGGUGAUGAAAUUCAAUACAACUGAAUUUGAAUAAUAUGAUUGA